UCCUAAAUGGGGCUGGGGGGUUCCUAAAUGGGGCUGGGGGUUCCUAAAUGGGGCUGGGUCCACGGUGUCACCUGGGGUCCACGUCACCUGUUUGAGGUGGCACCUGCGUGGCCCCGGUGACACCUGCUCGGUGACACUGCUCGGUGGCACCUGGGUGGCCGCAGGAGGAAGUUUGAGGAGGGCUGGGUGUGGCCCGGGGGGCGUGGCCCGGGCCAGGUGUGGCACCUGCGUCACCCGUGCCCGCACAUUUCUGCCCCUGCCGGGCACGGCGGCCACAGAGGCACCGCGGGCGCGGUACUGGGAGCACUGGGAGUUACUGGGAGCACUGUGAGUGACUGGGACACAACUGGGAGUUACUGGGAGCUGUGCCUGGAGCUAACUGGGAGUCACUGGGAGCACUGGGAGUCACUGGGAGCUGUGCCUGGAGCUAACUGGGAGUGACUGGGAGCACUGGGAGCUGUGCCUGGAGCAAACUGGGAGUGACUGGGAGCACUGUGAGUGACUGGGACACAACUGGGAGUUACUGGGAGCUGUGCCUGGAGCUAACUGGGAGUCACUGGGAGCACUGGGAGUCACUGGGAGCUGUGCCUGGAGCUAACUGGGAGUGACUGGGAGCACUGGGAGUCACUGGGACACAACUGGGAGUCACUGGGAGCACUGGGAGCUGUGCCUGGAGCUAACUGGGAGUGACUGGGAGUUACUGGGAGCUGUGCCUGGAGCGAACUGGGAGCACUGGGAGUCACUGUGAGUGACUGGGACACAACUGGGAGUUACUGGGAGCACUGGGAGCUGUGCCUGGAGCUAACUGGGACACACUGGGAGUUACUGGGAGACACUGGGACACACUGGGAAGGGCUGGGAGCAGCGCCGGGGUUAACUGGGAGCCACUGGGACACACUGGGAGUCACUGGGAGACACUGGGACAUACUGGGAAGGGUUGGGAGCAGCGCCGGGGUUAACUGGGAGCCACUGGGACACACUGGGAGCCACUGGGAAGAGCUGGGAGCAGUGCCUGGGGUUAACUGGGAGUCGCUGGGAGGCACUGGGACACACUGGGACACACUGGGAAGGGCUGGGAGCAGCGCCUGGGGUUAACUGGGAGUCACUGGGAGCCACUGGGAGGCACUGGGACAUACUGAGAAGGGUUGGGAGCAGUGCCUGGGGUUAACUGGGAGCCACUGGGAGCCACUGGGACAUACUGGGAAGGGCUGGGAGCAGCGCCGGGGUUAACUGGGAGCACUGGGGUCAACUGGGAGCACUGGGGUUUCCCGGUGAUGCUGCUCCUCAUUUCGGGAAGCCGGGGGUGGCCUUUGUCCCUUUGUCCCUUUGUCCCUUUGUCCGUCUGUCCCAGCCCGCCUGGCGCGCAGCCAGGGGACAGUGAGGGACUCUCACACCCCGCCCAGUGCUGGGGGACUGGGAGGGACUGGGAGCAGCACCGGGUUAACUGGGAGGGGCUGGGAAGGGAUGGGAGCAGCGCCUGGGGUUAACUGGGACACACUGGGAGUCACUGGGAGGGGCUGGGAAGGGCUGAGGGAACUGGGAAGGGCUGAAGGCGGCACCAGGUCAAACUGGGGGGAACUGGGAUGAACUGGGCAGAGCUGGACUCAGCCCCAGGACCCCCAGGGCUCCCCCCAGACCCCAAACUGGUCUGACUGGUGGAACUGGCGGGCCCCGGGUGGCGCCUCCCGCCCUUAUCAGCCCGACCAUGAAGCUCCCUCCGAGCUGCCGCCUGCUCCUGCUGCCGCUGGCCGCCGCUCUGACCCUGCUGGCCCUGCACGCCCGCCGCUCGCCGCCCCCUCCCCGCAUCACCGUCCCCCCCAGCCCCGCUCCGCGCCCGGCCAACGCCUCGGAGCCCCCGCGGCCCCCGCGGCACCCGCUGCAGCCGCCGUACCCGUACCCCUACCGCUUCCUGCUGAACCACCCCGACAAGUGCCGGGAGCGGGCGCCGUUCCUGGUGCUGCUGGUGGUGACGGCCCCGGCCGACCUGGCGGCGCGGGACGCCGUGCGCCGCACCUGGGGCGACGAGGGCGCCGUGCCGGGGCUGGCGGUGCUGCGGCUCUUCCUGCUGGGCGUGCACCCCGUCUUCGAGGCCGAGCUGCGCCCCGUGCUGCGGGAGGAGGACGAGCUGCACGGCGACCUGCUGCAGCAGGACUUCCUGGACACCUACAACAACCUGACGCUCAAGACCCUGAUGGGCUUGGAGUGGGUGAGCCGCUUCUGCCCCAACGCCAGCUACGUGAUGAAGGCCGACCACGACGUCUUCCUCAACCUGGAGUACCUGGCGGGUUUGCUGCGGCCGCCCAGGAGCGACUUCCUGACGGGCUACGUGUACCGGCGGACCGGGCCGCUGCGGAACCGGGCCUACAAGUGGUUCGUGCCGCGGGAGGUGUACCCCAACGACACCUACCCGCCCUACUGCGGGGGACCGGCCUACGUGCUCUCGGGGGACCUGGCGCGGCGCGUCUUCGGCGUGGCGCAGACCCUGCCCGCCAUCAACAUGGAGGACGCCUUCGUGGGCAUCUGCCUGCACGCGCUGGGCGUGGCGGUGACCGAGCCGCCGCCCGGGACCUUCACCAUGUACCGGCUGGACUACGACCGCUGCCGCUUCUCGCGCCUGGUCAUGGUGCACCACUACGGGCCCCGCGAGCUGCUCCGCCUCUGGCCGCACUUCCGCAACGCGUCCGGCAAGUGUCCCUAGGGCGGGGACGCGCUGGGGCUGGCGGCGUGCUGGCUGUGCUGGUGUGGCUGGGAUCCACUGAGUGUCACUGGGAUCCACUGAGUGUGACUGGGAUCCACUGAGUGUCACUGGGAUCCACUGGUGUCACUGGGAUCCACUGAGUGUGACUGGGAUCCACUGACUGUAACUGGGAUCCACUGGUGUCACUGGGAUCCACUGAGUGUCACUGGGAUCCACUGACUGUAACUGGGAUCCACUGGUGUCACUGGGAUCCACUGAGUGUCACUGGGAUCCACGAGUGUCACUGGGAUCCACUGAGUGUGACUGGGAACUGCUGGUUGUAACUGGGAUCCACUGGUGUUACUGGGAUCCACUGGUGUCCCUGGGAUCUCUCCAUGUCACUGGGAUCCACUGAUGUCCCUGGGAUCUCUCGGUGUCCCUGGGAUCUCCCGGUGUCCCUGGGAUCUCCCGGUGUCCCUCUGUGCCUGGUCUGGUUCCGGAGCAGCCACUGAGCCUCGGGGUCCCCCCAGGACGUUCCCGUCCCUCCGAGCCUGGAGCAGCUGCUCCAUCCAAUCACUGAGCUGCUUUUGGUCAUCGAGGAUGGAUCAGGGCCGGGAUCUGCCGGGAUCUGGGAUCCACCGUGCCGCGUUAACUUAUAUCCAGAGUUUCUAAUAAAAGGGCUGGAGCCUCGUC